ACCAUCUCCAAUCCAGCGGGAAGUCCCAGAUCAGCCUCCAGCACCCCCUGAAAAUUUUGAACCUUUUCCAGUGCAGCAGGGAGUCCCAAUUCAGCCUGAAGAUCUUCCUGAGGAAAUUGAACUUCCUCCAAGCCAGCAGUGGAGCUCAGCUCUGUCUCAAGUGUCUGUUGUGGGUGUAGAACCUUCUCUAGGUCCAGCACGCAGUCCCAGCUCAGCGUCCAAAGCCCAGUGAGGGGAUCGGGCCUUCUCCAGUUCAGUGUGAGCACCCAGCUCAGUCUCCAGAGUCCUCUACAGAUAUUGUAUCUCAGGCUCCAGUACAUCAUGAGGUGACAUUCUCACCUCUAGGUCCCGGUCAAGCUCAGCAUCCAAUGUUGCCCAGUACCACAGUUCAACCUAUAGUUCUGGAGGCUUCCAUAACUCCAGUGCCAACUAAGGUUGAACAUUCUCCAGUGCAACAGGAGAUCCCUGCUCAGGCUCCAGUUCCCCCUGAGCAGAUUGAAUUUUCUUCAAUCCAGUUCAAGCCUCUUUCCCACUCUCCAGAGAUCCCCAAAAAUGAAUCUCUUCCAGGCCAACAGGAGCUCAUAGCUCAGACUCCAGACCCUCCUAACGAGGUAGAACCUGCUUCAGGCCAACAGGAGGUCCUAGCUGAGCCAUCAGAGCCCCCUAAGGAGAUUGAACCAUCUGCAAAUGAACAUGCAGUCUCAGCUCAUCCUCCAAAGCCCACUGAGAAGGUCAAACCUCCACCCCAGGAGGAGGCUCCAGCUCAGUCUUCUGUCCUCCAGCAGGCCCUAGCUACAUCUCCUGAGCCCCCCAAGGAGGUAGAACUUUUUCCCACACAGCCAGAUUCCCCAUCUCAGCCUCCCGAGCCCCCUGAGAAGGUAGAACCAUACCCACUCCAGCAGGAAGCCCCUGCUCAGCCUUUAGAGCCCCCUAAUGAGGCAGAAUCUUCAACCCAGCAGGAGGCUCUAGCUCAGUCUCCAGUUCACCAACAGGCCCCAGCUAAAUCUCCUGGGCCCCUUAAGGAGUUAGAACUUUCUCCAACCCAGCAGGAGGCCCCAGCUCAGUCCCCUGUCCCCCAGCAGGCCCCAGCUAUAUCUCCUGAGCCCCCUAAGGAGGUGGAAUCUUCUCCCACACAGCCAGAGGCCCCAGCUCAGCCUUCAGAGCCCCCUGAGAAGGUAGAACCAUCUCUAGCCCAGCGGGAAGCCCCAGCUCAGCCUCUAGAACUCCCUGACAAAGUGGAACCUUUUCCAGUCUCUCAAGAGACCCAUUCUCAGCUUCCACAGUCUCCUGAGAAGGUAGAAUCCUCUCCAGUCCUGCAAGAAGCCCCAUCUCUACCUCUAGAGCCCCUUAAGGAGGUAGAACCUUCUCCAACCCAGCAGGAGGCUCUAGCUCAGCCUCCAGAACCACCUAAGGAGGUUGUAGCACAACCUCCAGUCCAUAAUGAGGUGACAGUUCCACCUCUAGGACAAGCGCAAGCUCAGCAUUCAAACUUGCCCAGUGCCACUGUUAAACCUGUUGAUCUGGAGCUUACUGUAACUCCAGAACCUACUACAGAGGCUGAGCAUUCCAAGGCCCUGCAGCAGACUCUAUCUCUUCCAGAGGACCCCGAGGUGACACUUCCACAUCCAGAGCACGUUCAGGCUCAGCAAGAGCAUUUGACUGAAGUCACAGCUCAACCUUUAGACCUGGAGCUUACCGUAACUCCAGAACCCACUACAGAGUUUGAACAUUCUACAGCCCUGAAGAAAACUACAGCUCCUCCAAAGGACCUCGAAGUGACAUUUGCACACCUAGAGCAGGUUCAGACUCAGCAUCCAACUUUGGCUGAAGUCACAGUUCAACCUUUGGACCUGGGGCUUACCAUAACUCCAGAAUUCACUAAGGACACUGAACUUUCUCUACCUAGGCGGGGGACCCCAAUUCAGCCUCCAGAGCCACCUAAGCAGGUUGUUGUAGCUCAAUCUCCAGUAUAUCAGGAGGAGAUUGUUCAGACACCAGGUCAAGAUCAAGCUCAGCAUCCAUCAUCACCCAGUGUAACAGUUCAACUUUUGGACCUGGAGCUUACUGUAAGUCCAGAACCCACUAAAGAAGUUGAACAGUUUACAACGCUGAAAAAGACUACAUCUCCUCCAAAAGACCUUGAGGUGACACUUGCACUUUCAGAGCAGGUUCGGUCUCACCAUCCAACCUUAAAUAAAGUCACAGUUAAACCUUUGGACCUGGAACUUACCAUGACUCCAGAAUCUGCUGCCGAGGUUGAACCUUCUCCAGCCAUGCAUGAGAUCCCAGAUCAGCAUCCAGAGCCGACUAAGGAACUUGUAUCCCAACCUCACAUAUAUCAAGAGGCAGCAGUUCCAACACCACAUCAGGAUCAAGCUCAGCAUUGGUGGUCACCAAAUGUGACAGUUCAACCUUUGGAUCUGGAGCUUACCAUAACUCCAGAAUCUACUACAGAGGUUAAACAGUCUACAACCCUGCAGCAGACUACAAUUCCUCCAAAGGACCUUGAGGUGACAUUUCCACAGUCAGAGCAGGUUCAGGUUCAGCAUCCAACCUUAAAUAAAGUCACGGUUAAACCUUUGGACCUGGGGCUUACCAUAACUCCAGAACCUACUACAGAGACUGAAACUUCUCCAACCAUGCAAGAGACCCCAGCUCAGCCUCCAGAGCCACCUAAGGAGGUUGUAGUUCAAUAUCCGUUUCAUCAGGAGGUGACAGCUCCACCUCCAAGUAAGGAUCAAGGUCAGCAUCCAGCAUCACCCAGCACCACAUUGCAUCCUGUGGACUUGGGGCUUACCAUUACUCCAAAACCGAUUACAGGGGCUGCACGUUCUACAACCAUGAAGAAGACUAUAGCUCCUCCUCCAAAGGACCUUGAGGUGACACUUGCCCAUCCAGAACAGAGCUCCCCGAGGAGGCUGGGCCCAUCCCAGCCAAGCCGGAGGUCCCGGCUCAGCCUGCAGAGCGCCCUGAGGCUGCUGGGCCCACCCCAGCCCUGCCGGAGGCCCCGGAUCCUGCUGCAGAGCGCCCCGAGGAGCCUGGGCCCAACCCAGUGCAGCCGGAGGCCCCGGCUCCGCCAGCAGAGCGCCCCGAGUAGCCUGGGCCCAAUGCAGCGCAGCCGGAGGCCCCGGCUCCGCCUGCAGAGCGCCCCGAGGAGCCUGGACACACCCCAGCGCAGCCGGAGGCCCCGGCUCAGCCAGCGGAGCGCCCCGAGGAGGCUGGGCCCACCCCAGCCCAGCCAGAAACCCUGGCUCAGCGUGUAG